AAACAAGAAAAAAUAAUCUUUUGUCGAUGUUCAAACGCUAAUUCCUCCUUAGUUCCUAAGCUUUGAACAACCAUAGCCAAAAAAAUAAUCCAAUUAAGAGUUUAAUUAUAAACUAAUACAAAAAUUCAAUUAAAAAAGGGCUUGUAUCAGUAUUUAACUAUUUAUUCAAGGUUUUGCCCCCACUUUGCAAAGCACUCCUGAAUCCCCAGUUUCUUUCUCCUUACGGUUUUGAUCUGUAGAUUUUCCGUCAGCAAUCGAUCGGAAUUUGAAUUCGAUUUGAUCCAGAGCGACGCCGCCCUUCUUCUCUCGAGCUCCAUCCCCGAUGAGUUCCCGUACCCUGAGAAGGAGGCUCCACCAUAAAGAUGUCGACGGAGGUAGGUACGAUCGAUACGAAACCUCGAGAGUCGAUUCGUUGAAUGAGCCAUUGCUUGGGGACGAUGAUCGUGUUGAUCACAACGACAACAAACACACUGAGGGGCAAACGCUGGCUGAUAUUCUGGACGAUGAGAGGAGUAAAGUGCGCCUGCACUGGGCGCUGAUCUUUUCUAAUGUGAUUGCACAGUGGGCUCAAUGGUUAGGUCUGCAUUUUCUGAGAUGCAAAAUACAGAAAAUAAAUAUGACUCUGUGUAUAGCAGUGAAUGAUAAGGAAGAAAGUGAUAAGGUGAAUUCAAAAGUGAAGCUUGGAGAUAUAAUUUGCGCCAUGGAUCCGUCAAAUAUUGUCCUCGGGUCGGGGUCUCUUCUUGGACGAAUUUUACCGUUUGUUUCGGGCAAUCAAAAUGGGGCAAACAGCCUCCUUCAACCUAUGUUACUUAGUCCCUUGCAGGAUGCGAGGCUAAAGCAUAUAAAGCAGAGGCUUGCAGUGCCAUUUGAUGGCACUUUUUUAGAGCAUCAAGAUGCACUUAGACAACUUUGGAGGUUAUCUUAUCCCGACAGAGAACUCCCAUCUCUCAAGUCGGAAGCUUGGAAAGAGAUGGGUUGGCAAGGAUCUGAUCCCUCAACAGAUUUCAGGGGUGGAGGAUUCAUAUCUUUGGAGAAUCUGAUAUUCUUUGCCAAGAAAUAUCCGGAAGCAUUUCAAAAUUUGUUGCACAAGAGAGACGGACAAAGGUCCGAGUGGGAGUAUCCUUUUGCUGUGGCUGGCAUAAAUAUCUCCUUCAUGCUGGUCCAGAUGUUAGACCUUCAGUCGGGGAACCCUAGCACUUUGGCCGGGCAACGGUUUAUGGAAAUACUCAGCUACGAUGACAUGGCAUUUGACAACCUUUUCUGCGUUGCUUUCAAAUUAUUGGACGCUCAAUGGCUCGCACAACGCGCUUCAUAUAUGGAAUUCAACGAUGUUCUGAAGUCUACAAGAUCACAGCUAGAACGUGAGAUGGCACUGGAGGAUGUGUCGAGUGUGAGUGAUUUGCCAGCUUAUAACUUACUAAGAAGCUAGCGAUUGAGUUAUGACUGAAUCUUCUUCUCCUGUGAGUUGUGUACAUACCUCAGGACUCUCUUGAGGUGUAAUGUAAUGGCUUAUGGCUCCGUUUAUCCAAAAUUAAGAAUAUGAGAAAUUACUAUACACAGCUUCAAAAUGGAUGUGUUGUAUAUUUCAUAUAAGUUUCAAAAUUGAUGGAUUAUCUUUGUACAUAAGUCUCGAACAUGUUUCUGUUGCUCGCUCUAAUAUACUUUCUCAACAC